AUAGUCUGCUGUCUGCUCUGUGCGCCGACCCACGCUUGUCUUUCUCCCCAAUCUCCAAACUCUCUCUAGUCCCCACCACAACCCGCUCCCCAUGGCGACGGCCGCCGCCACCGCCGCCAAGCCGGCGGCGAGGACGACGGUGAACGUGGCCGGGGCCGUGUACCGCGUGCAGCUGGCCCUCCUCGACGGCGCAGCGGCCUCCAACGAGCCCCUCCUCCACGCGGCCGCCGCUAUCCUCUCCCGCGCCGACUACGACGACGUCGUCACCGAGCGCUCCAUCGCCGAGGCGUGCGGCCACCCAGCGUGCACCAGCUCCCUCCCCGACCCCGCCAACCCCAAGGCGGCGCCGCGGUUCCACAUCUCCCUCCGCGAGCACCGCGUCUACGACCUCGAGGAGGCCCGCAAGUUCUGCUCCGAGCGCUGCCUCGUCGCCUCCGCGGCCUUCGCCGCCUCGCUCCCGCCCGACCGCCCCUUCGGGAUCCCGCCCAACAGGCUGGACGCCCUGGUCGCGCUCUUCGAGGGCAGCGGGGACGGUCCGGGGCUAGGGUUUCGGUCGGACGGUGGGAAGAAGGAGGACGAGGGGAGGAAGGUGGAGAUUGUGGAGAAGGAGACGCCUGGGCCUGGGGAGGUGACGCUGCAGGAGUGGAUUGGGCCGUCGGGCGCCAUCGAGGGCUAUGUGCCCCGCCAUCACCCCAUUCAUGAAGGGCCAAUGCCACAGGCUAAACAGGGCAAAGCUAGUAGAGCUGAGCUGUCCGGGAAUAAGAAUGUGGAUUCUGGGGCUGCUGUUCUUGGCGAACAUAGCAUGGCAGUUUCAUCUUCUUCAGUUGAAGCACAAGUGGGCUCUGAAGAUAUAGCUAAAAAAAUUGAUGGCAUGGUCCUUCAUGAGAACACAAAAACGAAGAAAAAAGGCGCAGAUAAAACCCUAUCAAAGAUUUUCCAACAGGAUGAAGAUACGGAUAUGUUAUUGCCUUGCAUAACUGAUUCCAUUGCGAAGCAACUAGAGCUUGUAGUUUUGGAAGAGAGAAAUGACAAGAAGAAAAAGAAAUCAACUAGAGCAUCAUCAAGGGCAUGCAAGAGUAAGCCUGCAAGAAAACCUGCUGGAAGUAAUGGCCAUGAAGUAGGCUUUACUAGUACAAUCAUUAUGGGGGAUCCUGCUUCGGUAAAGAUGGAUCAAGGGCCUUUGGGUCAAUAUGACUUUGCAAGUUCCAUCCUCAUAGAUAAUCAGCCCUCAUCAUCUCAAUACACAGUAAGAGAUUCAAUGCAUACUUACACUGAACAACUACACAAAGAAUUCAGUAAAGCAGUGGACCUUGAAAAAAAAGAGACAAGUGACGAGAAGGUUAGUGCUGCACUAAAAUCUUCACUGAAGGCUGUAGGGUCUAAGAACAGAAGUCAGUCUGUGACAUGGGCAGAUGAUAAUGGGAGCAUCUUAGAAGCAAGCAAAGCAUAUGACAUCGAUUCAGAUGCUAAAAAUCUAUCUAUGGAGGACAUUGACAGUUCACUAAGGCGUGAAUCCGCAGAGGCUUGCGCAGCUGCCCUUAUUGAAGCUGCAGGAGCUAUUUCUUCAGGCACAUCAGAAGUGGAAGAUGCAGUUUCCAAGGCAGGGAUCAUCAUAUUGCCUGACAUGCUUCACCAGAAACAGUUCGAGAAUAUCCAUGGCAAAGAUACAGUGGAAAAGGUAGUAUCUGAAACAGAUGGUAAUGUUGUGAAGUGGCCAACAAAGACCGUGCUUCUGGACACUGACAUGUUUGAAGUUGAUGAUUCUUGGCACGACACACCACCAGAAGGUUUCAGUUUAACACUGUCUGCUUUUGCAACAAUGUGGACGACAAUAUUUGGAUGGAUAUCCCGGUCAUCUUUGACCUAUGUAUACAUGCUUGAUGACAGUUCUGUGGAAGAAAUGUUGAUUUCUAAUGGGAGAGAGUAUCCUGAGAAGCGAGUUUCGAAAGAUAGUCAAUCAUCUGAAAUUAAAAGAGCUUUAGCUUCUUGCAUUUCUAAUGCACUGCCGGUACUUGUAUCAAACAUGAGGAUGCAAAUCCCAGUUUCAAAGUUGGAGACUACUCUGGGAUACUUGAUUGACACAAUGUCACUUGUUGACGCACUGCCUGCUCUGAGAUCAAGGCAAUGGCAGCUGCUGGUUCUUGUUCUGCUCGAUGCACUCUCUGUGCACCGGCUUCCUGCUCUUGCUCCAGUGAUCUCAGACUCAAAGCUUGUGCACAAGGUCUUAAACUCGGCUCAGGUUAGCAGAGAGGAGUACGACUCCAUUGUCGACCUCAUCCUCCCUUUUGGAAGAUCUGGCCUGACGCCCAUGUCAAGUUAACCCGUGGAAGAAGUUCAUCAUCACAGUAUCAGGCGGAACAGUAACAAUCCUCUACCAGGAUUCGGAUAUAUAUGCCCACUCAGCCGAGUAGAUAGAAGUCGUCCCAUAUCAGCAUCAGCAGCAUGACAUACGACUCAAAUACCGCCACAGUGACAGCCCCCAUUGGCUUGCUAUCUAGAACAUCACAAAUCUUGCUGCUUUACCAUUACUUGUUGUAUGUUUCUCUUGCGUUGAUGUCAGCUGCGUUGCGGGUGCAGGCAGGCUUGUUUCA